CUAAAAGAAUUUUAGCCUGGAUUUCGGAUUCAAGAAAAAUGGCGUCAAACGUCAACCAAAAUUGAACGGACCGCUUACUGAAUCAGCUCUUGUUUAUUUUCACGGAACGCAUCUAUAAUUCAUUUGGUGGACUUGGUGUGAUGGUAGAAAGAAAACAUGGCAAAUACCUUGGAUUUGAAAUUGGUCUUGAAACACCUCUCGAAUGGAACGCUGAGCGAGAAUUUAUGUAUUAUUUGUCUGAAGCCGCUUCAUGACCAAUAUGAGAAUAUUUUUACAAAAGUAUGUAAAUUCGACAAGGAAUAUUGCAUUGCUGAUGUUCUGCAGACUAUGUGCGAUAUUACACUGUCUGACAUAGAAACCUACAACAUUUGCAUCAACUGCUUCAUGAUGGCGUCCAUGGCAUACAAAUUCUACCUCCUAUCUAAACGAAGCCAGGAAAUACUACAUUUCUAUACAAAUGAACUACUUGAAAACGUAGAACAAAUUCAAUUACCGGAUGAAAUUGUCAACAACACACUUUGUAUAUCGCUUCCUGAGAUAUUGACCGCAACACCGGUGUACGAUUUUAAUCUACACUCGAUUGGCAAGGAAAUGGAAAUAGUGGAGAAUAAUAUCGUUAAAAAAGAAAUGAUAGAAACAGUUGAAAAAGAUGAUAACGAUGAUGUGGUGGUGAUUAUUCAGGAUAACGGUGAACCUGCGUUUUACCGCACACUGCCCGAUGGUACUCUUCAAGAGCUUGAGGGUUCCGAAGUGGAGAAAUACAGGAAAAAGUUUAAUGCUUCCGUAGCUGCCGAUAAAAAGGAGGAUCGGAUAAAAAAAGGAAGGAAAAGAGGUCCGAUGUCCUAUAAGCUGUGUACUCGGUGCCCGGUGAAGUACCGUUUCAUAACUAAACUGAAGCAGCACAUGCUCAUGGACCAUAAUGUCACCCUGUAUGUUUGUAAGGUAUGUCAAGCGAUCACGGAGAACGAGCAGGAGUACCACAAUCACAUGAAGACCCACACCAACGUGCACCAGUGUGCGGUCUGCAACACGGUGUUCAAGAAGCGGUCCACUAUCAUCAACCACCUCAAGUGGCAUGAACGCAUGAAGAAUAUUACUGAGAACGCGUUGCAGACGGAGAACGCGCACAUAUGUGAGAAGUGUGGCAAGAUCAUGUGCGACGAGGAGAGUCUGCGCCUGCACUACGACAGCGUGCACUACAAGAAGUUCACGUGCUACUACUGCGGCCGCAUGUACAAGGGGGAGAUGAGCUUCAACAGGCACAUCAACAAGCAUGAACAGAAUAUGGAGGUUGGCGGUUUUAGGGACCACACGCAGACAAAGAAAGACAAAGUCCCCCCAGCGGAGAAGGCGGGCAAGACCCGCUGCAUGUGUUCGACGUGCGGGCGACACUUCGUGGACGAGCGGGCGCUGCUCUGGCACCAGAGGCUGCACAAUAAUGAGAGGCCCUACCCUUGUAAGGAGUGCGGGCGCAGCUUCGUGUCCCUGAACCGUCGCAACCAGCACGCACUGUGUGCACACACCGCGCCCACGCGGCGCUGUCCGCUCUGUCCCGCGCUGUUCCAUCUGCGGUCCAUGGUCAACUCGCAUGUCAAGAAGGUACACCUGCGCGAGCACAAGCGGCGUAACCGCGUGAACAAGCACCGCAACGUGCCGUGGCGGACGGCGCCCGUGCCCAUACAGGAGCUCAGCGUCGACAUACAGAACGACAUACUGGAACUGCAGGCCGCGCACGCCAACACGCACGAUUGGACGUACGAAGAUAGCUCGCAAUCACUGGAGUUGGAGAGUAUGUGACCAAAGCGGUGUUACAAGUUCGAACAACUGCGCGCCGCCGACAGGAAGCUACGCCGACAAGCUUGGAUGUAGACCAAUGUACAAUAGAACUAAUAAGAUACUUAAUGGAAUUAAUAAUAAACUUCAAAUCUAUUUACUUUUAGCUGUCCCGGUAAAUUUCGUACUACCUCCAACAAUUUUUUCUC